AUGGGUUCCGGGGAAAGCAAGCUGAGCAGCCUGUACGAAAUCAAAGAAAUCACGAGUAGCCAUGGGAUUUCUGAGGCUUCCAGCUUUGAUCUCCAUCGAGCUGUCCACAAAGAAUCCGGGCGACGAGUCAGUGUCUUUAUCUACAAGACAAAGAAUGUGCUCACAGACAGAGGUCUUCUCCACAACGCCGUCAAACGUCUCAAAACCAUUCGACACCCUGGCAUUAUCAAGUUUCAUCAUGCCGAGCUUCAUGAUCAAGAUGUCGUUGUUGUCACAGAGCCAGUCACUCCACUCUCCCAGCUUCUCUCUGUCCUCCCGCCAGAGGAGAGAGCCGUCAGUUUUCUACACUCUCAGAGACUGGUCCACAAUAACAUCCAGCUCUCCUCCAUUUACGUUUCCGAUAGCAUGUUCUUCGUGGACUAUAUGCACGACGAAUUUCUGAUGAGCGACUUCAACCAGGGCAUUCACGAGUUUAUCGCUAAGGACCAAAUUCCUCCCGAGGAUUCAUCCGAAGAUCUGGAUCUCAACCCGGUCGAGGCUCGAGACUCCUACUCUCUUGGAUUUCUCAUCAGCUAUCUCAUUGCUCCUUACACUCCCGCCUCCCGGAUAUCGACCAAUGAAAAAAAGGGUGAUACAGUUUUCAUAAACUGGGCCGUUUUACAAGGGCUUGCGGAUCGAAUGGUCUUGGAGCGUCCCCGAAGACGCCUCAAGCCCAAGGACGUGAUGUCCAGUAGCUGCUUUGAGGACAAUGUGCUCAUUCAAGUUAUCGAAAAGUUCCUGAAGCAGAUACGCGGGUAUCCAUUAGAGCAGAAGGAGGCCAUGUUUGCGUCCCUGCCUCAGCGAUUGUCACUUCUCCCCCCUUCGACCCUCGCUGCCUAUGCUCUACCCUACAUUCUCUCUGUUGAAAUGUUUCUCGAGCCCCAAGCCUUCCAUUUCUACCAACUGCUCCUUGGGCAAAAGUACAACACCACCGUUCCUGAGGAAGGCUGCGACGACAUUGCCGUGAUCCCCAAGGCCCUCUAUAUUCGAUACGUAAUUCCGUACAUUUUGAAGCUCUUCAAGUUGCGGUCCUACGACGUUCGCAUUACUCUCCUCAAAUUAUUCCAUAAUUACAUCGACUUGCUCAUCCAAAAUCUCGAUCGCGAAACAAUCCGAGGUGUUCUUGUUCCCGAGCUACUUGUUGGCCUCGAGGAGCAGGAUGACAGUCUCUAUUUACUGUCACUGACUUGCCUUAUAUCCGCUGCCGGCCAUUUGAUGCGGGUGAUGGUGGAGUCCCCUGAAGUUGAAAUAGCUGGAAAAAAGAAGUCAUUCGAAGUUGUCUACACUCAUUCCUCGGCAAAGUGUUUCAAUGAGCUCAAAGUUUUGGUCAAGUCAGUCUCAAAGUGCAUUCAACUGAUGAUCAAGAUUGCAUCUCCAGAGACCAAGAUUGAGCUGAUGCAUACAAUUUCGCGCGACUGCGAUCACAACUCAGACGCGUUUGUAGUCAACUGCAUACCACAAUUCAUGGAGAUAUUGGUGUCCUUUCUGACCGAUGGAGAAAGGGAUGUGCGCCGGCUUGCUGCCAAUCUCCUUAUCAAACAUACAACUGCUCUUUCCAAUAUUAUGGAGCUCCUCCCCGCGCCGCUCAUUGGCAUCGACAAGAGUGGCGAUGCAUACGUGGAUCUUCUGCAAAAGUUGAGGCACGCUUACAGGAAACUCUCGCGAGACUCUCAUAUUUUUCAAUAUGGAUGGGAAGAUCAUUGUGGACUGGCCAUGAUCGACGCUAAAUCAAGCAUCCUUCAAAAUCAAUCCGACGGUGCCGCUGAACACAUCGUCCAUAAUCCGCCUGGAUGGGAGUAUGAGGCCAUCGAAAUUGAUCUGAAUAUGUGA